ACUUACUUGAAUUGUUCACAUCCAAGCCUAGUACUUGAUUCGUGUAAUCAACAUAUCUCACGCUCAUAUCCGUAUUGUACGAAACGAAGAUCAGAAUGCCUGAACAACAACCUCCAAUCGUCUCCACCGGCCGCGGCGGUUCUGGUAACAUUGGUCGCGACCCAACCGUCUACGCCGACGGCGGUAUCGUUCGUGAAGGCCACCCCGGCGUGUCCGAGACGGGAGAAUACUCCUCUGGCCGAGGCGGCGCCGGCAACAUCGUGCAUUCCCCCAAGGUCGUCCCAGUCGGGAAGGCCGGCGAGGACUUCGUCCCUGAGAUAGACACGAUUCCCGCGGGACAUCAGCCGGACUUCCAUACUGGCCGCGGCGGAGAUGGCAACGUCCAUCGGGAGAAGUACGGUGGUCACUCGCAUGCGCCUGGACAGGGGUUUGGUGAUCGGGUGAAGGCAGUGCUGGGGUUGGAUAAGCAUAAGGAGAAGAAGGAGGAGAAGAAAGAUGGGCCGGCUUCUUAGUCUAUGGAGAGAGUAUUUGGGUGCUUGGGAUGAUCGUCCGGCCAGCGAUCGACUGGAGGAUAGCGUGGGAUUUUAUGGUGAUACCACGAUCGAUUGUUCGUUUUCGAAUUGCG